AUGGAAAAUAAUAAUUUAUCAACAAAAAAAGUAAUAGAUGAAAAUGAAACAAGCAUACAAAAUGAAAAUGAUGAAGCAAAUGAAAAAAAUAAUAAUUUAAAACUAAUUGAACAACUGCAAAAAAAAAAAAACCAACAUGAUAAUGGAAUGCCAAAUGAAGAUAACGAACCUAAAAAAAAAAAAGGGAAGAAUGAUAAUGAUGAAGAUAAUAAUGAAACUGAAAUUUAUGUUCAAAAUAAUGAUGUGUCAAAAGGGUUUCUCUCACCGCCAGCUUUUCAUUUAACUGAAAUUAUGCAUAAUGAAAAUUGUUUUAAAAAAACACAAGGACAUAUAACAGUAGAGUUAAAUGGUGACAUAUGCAUAUAUGGUGGAAUGGUUGAAAAUAAAUGCAUUAACAAUUUUAUAAGGUAUGUACCAGGUAUUAAUUUGUUUGAAAAAAUGCGCUUAAAUUCAAAUGAUAUAGAGGGUAGAGCAUUUUGUUCAGGAAACGUUAUAACUGAAGAUAAUAAAAAAUUUAUUAUUUUGUUUGGUGGUAUAACUGAGAAAGAGAAAAUUACUGAUGAAACAUGUGUAUUUGACUUUCAAACCAAAAAAUGGAAUAUUAUUAAUAAUAAAGUUAAUCCUUGUCCAAGAUAUAAGCAUUCAUCUUUCAGUUUUGAAAAUUCCUUAUAUAUUCAUGGGGGAUUGGAUAAUAAUGAGCAAGUAUUAUCUGAUUUAUGGUGUUUUUCAAAGGGUAUGUGGACAGAAGUUAAUCAAAUACAAAUAACUCCUGAAGCAAGAUAUGGACAUAGCUUAGUUUUUUCUUUAUAUGGAAACGCAAGGCUAGCUUUUUUAUUUGGAGGUAAUAAAAAAGGUUUCAAUGGGGCAUUAUCAGAUACUUGGAUGUUUAAUAUAAACACUAACAGAUGGAAAGAAAUAUCAAAAACUUCAGGAUGCAAACCUUGUGCAAGAUGGGGACAUUCUGCGCAAUUAUUUGACAAUGAAUGGAUGAUAAUUUAUGGUGGUAUUGCAAAUGGAUGGAUUGACAAUUAUGCUUUAUCAGAUAUGUAUGCAUUGAAUAUAUAUACAUUUACAUGGUUUGAAAUUGAUAUAAGCACAUCAAAGAGUUUUAAUAGAGCAUAUUACGGAUCUUUGUGCUUGUUACCUUAUAAGAAAUCUUUACAUAUUUUUGGGGGUACUGAUCAUUCACAAGAAUGUUCUGAUGCUUUUAGUUUAUCACCUCUUGUAACAUAUGUAUCAUACAAAGUAUUGACAGGAAAAAUAGAACAACUAAAUGAUAAAAUGAGAAAUUUUGGUUCAACUUGUAAUGAUAAUGAAAAUAUAGACUUAUCAGAUUUUGACAUGAAAAUUAGCGAAUUAAAAGAAGAAAUUAAUAAUAUAAGUAAUAUGAUGAAAACUUUUGAAACUAAGUUUUACGAACUUGAAAAAUUAAACGAGCAAUGUGAAAAAAUACUUUCUAAAGAUAUCAGUUUGGAAGCUAUGGAAAAAUUGGAAGAGCGCAUAAGAAAACUAGAAUUAUCUAAUAAUUCACUUAAGAAUGAUAAUUUAGAUAAUUAA